AUGAAUUCAAGACAACCACUGGGGCAAAUAACAGGUUCCCAAUUGAAUGUGAUAAGUCAUGAAUACAAUAAACAUGAUAAAAAGCACAUGGAACAACAUCCAAAUGUCACGAGGACCCAACUAAAUACACCAUCGAACAGUCCAAUGACGGAUUCGUUCAGUGGGUCAGACAUUCCAAUAGCAUCUGUAUUAAACGCAAAGAAUUCUAAUAUCCCAUUCUAUAACACACCACCAACGGUUUUAAGUGACGUGCAUAACAAUAGUAUGAAUACUAGUGUCAAUGCUAGUUUUGAAGUGCAUCCAACCACCAGAAAUGCUAAAAAGAACCCUGUUGUUUCUGAACAACAGAUCAACAAGUUAAGAUCAAGGGUCCAAUUGGCAUAUUACAAAUACAAGACCAAGCAGGUUCACCUCAAGUUCUCCGACAUAAUAAAAGAGCAAUCCAAGAAGCAUCGCGUGCAGAAGGGCAAAAGGCAAACAAGCUCUGACGCAAAGCGGAAAUUUAGAAAGCUGGCAGGCUUGACAAGGAUAGAAGAGUCUCAGUCAACAACGGCAUCGGCAUCGGCAUCGGCAUCGGCAUCGGCAUCAAAUUCAGCAUCAGCAUCAUCACAACCACAACUAAAAAAUAUUACAGCCGGACCUGGUCCGGAUACAAUCGCAUCGCGUACCCAAUGCAUCACGCCAGAGAAAAAUAACUCUACAAAACCUUACUCUUCAAGAUACACUCCAGUGUCUGUUAAGGCCGCGAGAUCUCUACUACAGAUGUUCAGCACUGGUGCUUGA